GAUGAGGUUAGAGCGAGUCCUGAGUCGGAUGUUCGCGAGAUUCAGGAGGAACCGGUAGCGAAAGAGGUCGAUGAGGUUAGAGCGAGUCCUGAGUCGGAUGUUUGCAAGAUCGAGGAUAAACCGGUUGCGAAGGAGGAGGUCGAGGCUCGGCCGGUUGCAGUAGAGAUCGAAGCGCAGCCAGCUGCGAAGGAGGCCGUCGAGGCUGAAUCGACUGCAGAGUCGGAGGUCCGCGAGAUCGAGGAUCGAGCUGUUGCGAAAGAGGAGGUCGAGGCUCAGCCAGUUGCGAAAGAGGAAGCCGCCGAGGCUGAAUCGACUGUAGAGUCGGAUGUCUGCGAGAUAAAGGACCGAGAAGCUGUGAAGGAGGAGGCGGAGGCUCGGCCGGUUGCAAAAGAGGAAAUCGAAUCGGUUGGACCGAGCGUAGAACCAGACGUUUGCAAGAUAGAUCGACUAGUAAAGGAAGAAGUUGAAACUAGCAAAGAAAUUCCAUCUGAGAAGCUUGUGUUCGAGAAGAUCGAGAAAGAGGAAGUAACGGUGGAAGCGGCGAUCGAGGAAAAACCAGCCGGAAGUAUCGAAAUCAAAGUCGAAGAGAAAGUCGAGGUUAUAUGCGCCGAGCCUCUCGUAACCGAGGAAGUAGGAAUCGUCGAAGAAAUAAUCGAGUCUGAAACGGUUUGCGAAGUAGGUAGCAAAGUUUCGAGGGAAAGAACGCCGGAAACACCCGAACAAACUUCAGAGCCCGAGAUACGUCCACAGGAAACGCCGGUAGAAUCUUCGGAACGCGUCGUGGAAUCGGUCGUCGAGGAAGUCGUCGAAGUUGCGGCAGUCGUCGAAGAAACAACCGCGCCCACUUCCGAGAGAGUGGUCAUCGAUCCACCAGUCACGACGAGCGAUUUGAUCCUGGAAUCGGAGGAAGGUCCGGUGCCGCUCUCGGAGGAGAUAGUGGUCGAGGCGAAACCCGCGGUGGUGAUUCCCGAAGAAGAAGAGGUCGUCGAGGUGACGGUCGAGGAGGCGAUAGAGGACACCGAAGCGGAUGUCUCGAAAGUGGACACCGAAUCGGUGGAAGUGAUCCCCGACGUGGAGGACAAAUACGCGACGGAAAUGGACGCCGACGUGGUCGUCCCUGCGGAAGAAGAGCUGGCGAUCGACGAGCCGGAAGUCCUCUCCACCGGAGACACGACGGAGCCCGACCAGUCGUCGGACGCCAUCUACAUCGUCGAGGACGAAGCGAAAAAAGUCACCGAGGUGAUCGAGAUCCUGAUGGAAGACGAAAACAGCCUGCCUCCUCCGCCAGAGCAAGAACCGGAGCCGGUCGUUCGCGACAAAUUCGACUCGGAGAUCGUCGACGAAGACUCCGCAGUGCCUUCAUCCCCCGUCCUAGAUCUAACUUCGCACCUAGAGUCAGAGCAGGAAACCGAGAUAGGGAACGAGAAGGACUCCCCCGGCCAGUCGGAAGACGGCAUAGAAACGAUAGAGGACUGCCCGGUCGUAGAGAAAGUCUCAGUUUCUCCUGAAAUCGUCGAGUCGGAACAGCGACGAACGGAAGACGCGAAUGAGAGUGAUUCCCCUAGGGAGCCGGAUAACGCAACAGAAGACUGUCCAGUUCCAGACGCAAUCUCAGUUCCUCCUUUAGUUCCUGUAGAAUCUCCACGAGUCCCGAGUAGAUCUUCGGACGACGAGGACGCCAAGUGUGUCCCGAAAAAGUCUAAAAAGAGCAGUCAAUCUUCGGAUGACAGGCUAGAUCAGAGUCUAGAUCGAGUCCCGGACGAUCUUCCCGCGGCACCCCAGAGCACGGUCCCGAGCGCGGACUCGUUCGAAUACCCCUUACCACCGGAAGAGCUCUCUUGCCCGCUAGCGACGACGAGUAGUAGUUACGUAACCGACACGGCCAGCCCAGCACACCCGACAGAGACGCUUCUUCUGACACCGCCCAGAAGUCCCAGUCCCCAGUCCAACAGCUUCGUCGGUGUUACCGUACCUGGCCUGACUGCGUCCACGAUAGACUCCUCGCAAACACACGCACAACAACACGAUCACGACGACCGACAGCGACUAGCGAACGAAACGAAUAGCGACUAUUCGCCCGCCUGUCCCGUACACGAGUCAGACAGUGAGUUAAGGAAGACUGUAGCCAAGUCUCCGGCGGAGACUGAGAACCAGGAAGAGAGCUCGGUCUCGUGUCAGUUGUCGAACAACAACACCACGUCGCCAACCACU